AUGAUCUCAAGCCGCACUCUACGCAUUCUUCUUGUGCAAAAGUUGCCUUCUCAUAGAAUCUGUCGGAAGCAGUCAUCAGAUGUGCACUACAAAGCGAGGGCAAGUACAAGCACGGAAGAUAGAAUAUCAUUCGUUCCAUUGCAGUCAGAGGCUAAUACGAUAAAUAUAAACCCCGCCACCAAUCAUAAGCUGUACAAUUCUACAGUUCAGAAGCAUCACGAAUCUUUGCAAAAUGAGACUGAGUUGCUAUGUCCGGCAGGGUUUCGGAAACUCUUACCUGAAACUGACACCUUCAUUUUUGACGCUGACGGGGUGCUUUGGCUUGGAGAUGUUGCUAUACCCGGGGCUCCUCAGCUUCUGAAUUUUCUUUUGAAGAGCAACAAGCAAGUGAUUGUGCUAACGAAUAAUGCAACCAAAUCGCGAGCAGAAUACGCUAGAAAACUCACCAGUCUUGGUUUUAGCCCAAAAUUAGACAAGCAUUUAAUAGUAAACCCAGCCGCAGUGAUAGCUGAUACUUUACAUCGGGCGGGUCUUUCAAGGAAUGGUAAGAAAGUAUAUUUAAUAGGUGCCAAGGGACUGCGCGACGAAAUGGAUGAUCUUGAUAUCCCUUACUUCGGACACGGUCCAGAACCUCAAGAUGAUUCUAACGAUAGUGCUAUCAUGUAUGAUAUCAAACUGAAGGAAGAGCCUCGAAAUGUGGGAGCUGUCGUAGUCGGAUAUGAAAAGCACUUUAACUACCAAAAAUUGAUGAAAGCGGCUAACUAUCUACAACAACGACGCUGCCUAUUUCUAGCAACAAAUGAGGAUGAGACUUGUCCUGGACCAAAUCCUAGCAUUGUUAUUCCCGAUGCAGGGCCAAUAGUAGCAGCGGUACGAUGCGCAUCUGGUCGCCAGCCUAUCACCGUUGGUAAACCCUACACUCCUGCCUUUGAUUACAUUCAAAAGCGAUGGAACAUCGAUUCUCGACGAACCAUGAUGAUUGGUGAUAGGACGAAUACUGAUGUGAAAUUCGGAAGAGAUCACGGCAUGAGAACUCUCUUAGUACUGUCUGGUUGUCAUCAGCUCGAAGAUGUCAUGCACAACCGUGAAAAUGACCAAUUUGAUAUGGUACCUGAUUAUUACGCCACCAGUUUAGGCGGAUUUGUAGAUUCUCGAGGGAAAGCGUACUUCUAAUUAGUUUGUAGUCAUCUGUUUGUAUAUAUCAGUCAGCAUUUCGAG